AUGAAAUUCCUAGUAGUACUGAGCGUUGCUCUGGCUAUUGCUGAAGGCACCAACGUGGCCAGAUGCAUCCAUCACGCUGGAGCUUUGCCUGCCAGUACACGCAUCGAAGGCUGCAACAACCCUCCUUGUGUCCUGCCUCAGCUCCGAGAUGCCGUUAUCCACAUGACAUUCAGAGCUCCACGUAACAUGCAGUCCAUGCGCACCUUAGCGACCGCUUACGUGGGCUCUGUCCCCGUCCCAUAUGAUCUUGGUAACAAUGCAAACACCUGCAAUCACCUCACGAACACCAGAUGUCCGGUCAACUCUGGAACAAAUGUCCAGUACACCCUGCGGAUGUACAUAGAUAGAUGGUUCCCAGUGGGUACCUCAGUAACGGUUGAGUUUAGAAUCGUGGACCAAAGCAACAACCCAGUCGUCUGCAUCCGAGUACCAAUUACAAUCAGCCGCCCGAACAGAAUGAUUGCGGGCGAAAGUGAGCUCCCUCUCGCUAUCGAAGCUACUGAAUAUUAG